AUGUUUAAUUCGUUUGUCUCCAAAGUCGAACCGAAGACCGUUAAUGUUGCACUUGAUCAUUCUGAUUGGGUACAAGCAAUGCAAGAUGAACUCCAUGAGUUCGAACGAAAUCGAGUUUGGAGGCUAAUUCCCACACCAAAGGAUGCUUCAGUGGUCGGCUUAAAAUGGGUCUUCAGGAAUAAAUUGGACAAAGAGGGGAACGUCAUUCGCAACAAGGCUCGGUUAGUGGUGAAAGGAUAUUGCCAAGAGGAAGGGAUAGAUUAUGAGGAAACCUUCGCUCCUGUAGCAAGAUUGGAAUUAGUUAGAAUUUUUUUGGCAUAUGCUGCUCACAAAAACUUCGAAGUUUUCCAAAUGGAUGUAAAAUGCGCUUUCUUGAAUGGAGAACUAGAAGAAACGGUGUAUGUUGAGCAACCACAUGGGUUCGUGAACGAGAAAUUCCCUGAUCAUUGCUAUGUGUUGGAUAAAGCUGUAUAUGGGUUGAAGCAAGCACCGAGGGCCUGGUAUGAAACUUUAACUCGCUUUCUGAAAAUGUCGAAAUUUAAGCAAGGUUCGGUUGACCCAACCUUCUUCCGAAAGAAAGAAGGCGAACAUCUAAUGAUAGUUCAGAUUUAUGUCGAUGACAUCAUCUUCGGCUCCACGAAUCCUAGCUUAACGACUGAAUUCAGGAAGUUGACGGAGACUAAAUUUGAAAUGAGCGCAAUGGGUCCGAUUAAUUUUUUCCUUGGUUUGAAUAUUAGACAGGGACCAGAAGGUAUAUUUAUCAACCAGGAGGCCUACACAAAGAACUUGCUGGCAAAAUUCGGUAUGACGGGAGAUUCGAAAGUGAAGGUUCCUAUGGCAUUUGGCACUAAGUUAACACCAUCUCUGGAAAAACCUGCUGUUGACAUAACACUAUAUCGUCAAAUGAUAGGGUCCCUUAUGUAUCUAACAGCUAGUAGACCGGACAUUAUGUUUUCUGUUUGUUAUUGUGCCAGGUUUCAAGCAAAUCCAAGAGAACCUCACAUGGUGGCAGUGAAAAAUAUUUUUCGUUACCUGAAGCGAACCUCGUCUCUCGGUCUCUGGUACCCUGCUAGAUCUGGAUUUUUUAUUCAAGCUUUCUCUGAUGCUGAUCUUGGAGGAUGUGGUCUGGACCGAAAGAGCACUACUGGUGGAUGCCAAUUCCUUGACGGAAAACUUGUUAGCUGGCAGUCCAAGAAGCAAACUUGUGUAUCACUUUCAACAGCCGAAGCUGAGUACAUAGCUGCAACAUCCUGUACCUCUCAAGUAAUAUGGAUACAAAGCCAACUAAGAGACUAUGGGCUAAGUAUGAAGAAAAUACCUCUCUAUUGUGACUCAGAAAGUGCGAUAAGAAUAUGUCACAAUCCAGUGCAACACUCAAAGACUAAGCAUAUUGCACUUAGAUAUCAUUUCAUCAAGGACCAUGUAGAAGAUGGGAACGUGGAAGUACAUUUCGUUCGGUCCUCUGAUCAACUGGCUGACAUAUUCACUAAAGCCUUACCUGAAGCAUGCUUCAAUAAAAUUUUACAAGGCUUGGGAAUGAUGGAAGCAGAGUCGGUACCGAAUCCUCAAAUCUCUCUCUAA